GUUCUUCCCCUUCUGCCGCGCCCAUUGCCUGUCCCAGCGUCUGGUGGGGGCCGGCCCAAGGGCCUCCUUGUGCAGAGAUGCUCCCACUGCUGCUCUUGGCCCUGCUGUCCGGUGGGUCUCUGGUUCAGUCCCAGGGAUUCUCACUGCAAGUACAGAAGGUGGUGACUGUGCAGGAGGGCCUGUGUGUGCUUGUGCCCUGCACCCUCUCCUACCCCCCGAUUGGCUGGACGGAGGACACCCCGGCUCUUGGCUACUGGUUCCUCACCGGGACAGACUCGGGCAUCGGGAGGCCAGUGGCCACAAACAACCCGAAUCGAGCAGUGCAGACCGUGCCCCGGGACCGAUUCCAGCUCAUUGGCAAUCCCCAGAAUCGGAGCUGUUCCCUGCUGAUCAGAGAGGCCCAGAUGGAAGACUCGGGAUGGUACUUCUUUCGGGUGGAGAGAGGCUAUCACGUGCAAUACAAUUUUGUGAGAAACCAGUUCAAUCUGCAAGUGACAGAACUCACCCAGAAGCCAGAUGUCUACGUCCCAGAGAUCCUGGAGCCAGGACGUCCGGUGGCAGUCAUCUGUGUGUUUAACUGGAACUUUGAGGAAUGUCCAGCCCCUACUUUCUCCUGGCUGGGGGAUGCCGUCUCCGGCCCAGGGCCCAGACCCAAGUCCUCCUACUUUUCAGUGCUUACUCUCACUCCGAGACCCCAGGACCAUAGCACCUACCUCACCUGCCGUGUGGACUUCUCCAGGAAGGGUGUGAGCACAGAGAGAACCGCCAGACUUAAUGUCGCUUAUGCCCCCAAAGACCUGGUUAUCAGCGUUUCCCGAGUCAACACGUCAGCCCUGGAGCCCCAGGGCAACAGCCCACAUCUGGAGGCUGAGAAAGGCCAGUUCCUGCGACUGCUCUGUGCUGCUGACGGCCAGCCCCCAGCCACGCUGAGCUGGGCCCUGGAGGACCGGGUCCUCUCUAGGUCCCAUCCCGGGGGCUCUGGAACCCUGGAGCUGGUGCUGCCGGCAGUAAAGCCUGGGGAUUCGGGCUGCUACACCUGCCGAGCGGAGAACAGGCUUGGCUCCCGGAGCUGCACACUGGACCUCUUUGUGCAGUACGCCCCAGAGAACCUGAGAGUGAUGACCCUGAAUGCAAAUAGAACAGUCAUGGAAAACCUCGGGAAUGGCACAUCCCUCUCAGUCCUGGAGGGCCAAAGCUUGCGUCUGCUCUGUGUCACCCACAGCAACCCCCCAGCCCAGCUGAGCUGGGUCCUGGGGGGACAGACUCUGAGCCCCUCCCAGCCCACAGACCCUGGGAUCCUGGAGCUCCCUCAGAUACAAAUGGAGCAUGAAGGAGACCUCACCUGCCAAGCCCAGAACGCACUGGGCUCCCAGCACAUCUCCCUGCAUCUCUCUGUGGUCUACCCUCCGAGGCUGCUCAGCCCCUCCUGCUUCUGGGAGGGUGAGGGGCUGUGCUGUAACUGCUCCUCCCGAGCACAGCCGGCCCCCACACUGCGCUGGCAGCUGGGGGAGGAGCUGUUGGAGGGGAACCACAGCAACGCCUCCUGGACCGUCUCCUCCAACUCUGCGGGGCCCUGGGCCAACAGCUCCCUGAGCCUCAGUGGGCCUCUGGGCUCUGGCCUCAGAGUCACCUGUGAGGCCUGGAAUGUGCACGGGAAACAGAGCGCGGCAGUCUUGCUGCUCCCAGAUAAGGGUCUCGUCUCACAAGCAUUCUCCAAUGGAGCAUUUCUGGGAACUGGCGUCAUGACCUUUCUUUUCCUCUGCCUCCUCCUGGUCAUGAAGACUCUGAGGAAGAAACAGACCCAGGCUGGGACUCUGGCCCAGGCGGGGACUCCGGCCCAGGCGGGGACUCCGGCCCAGGCGGGGACUCCGGCCCAGGCGGGAACUCCGGCCCAGGCAGGGAUGCCACCGAGGCCCAGGCCUGCAAGGAGAAGCACAAUCCUGGACUAUAUCAAUGUGUUCCCUAACCCUGGCCCCCUGGCUCGAAAUCGGAAAGCCGCACCACGCAGUCCUUCCCAAGCCCCUCCUCCCCAUGCUCACUCCCUGGAAUUGAAGAAGAACCAGAAGGAGCUCCAUGUUGUUGCCCACACUUGUCCAGGACCCAAAUCAUUCACUCAAGCCUCGGAAUCGCAGAAUAACCAAGAGGAGCUCCAUUAUGCAACCCUCUACUUCUCAGGCCUCAGACCACGAGAGACCCAGGAGCCCAAGGAUACCCACUCAGAGUACACAGACGUCAAGUUCCACUGAGGCUGUCUUGGGCUGCGGUGUGGCAGGGCUGGGACCCAGGUCAGGCAGAAUGGAGAGGGUGAGAAAAUGAGCCACCAGACAGCCUCUCUCUCUCUCUCUCUCUCUCUCUCUCUCUCUCUCGUCCUCCAAGGAUGGCUUCUCCCAUCCCAGACCUGAGCACACUAUUCUGAGAGGCAAGGAAAAGUCUUGGCUUUGCCAUAGUUUCUCAAAGGUGGGAGGGCCUUUAAAGACAAUUAAACUACUGCUCUGUGAGGUCAGCAAGCUAACUUUAGAGGCUAAGUCUGGCCCUCUGCCUAACUUUGAGCCAGGAGUGCUUUUUACAUUUUAAAUGGUAGGGGGGAGGGGCACCCAGCUGGCUCAAUGGGAAGAGUUU